AUGAAGCUGUGCAUCGUGCUGGCGUUGGUGUUGGUGGGCUGGGUGUGGGCCAGUAGCGACGAGGAAGCCGACCGUUUCAGCCGCACCGACCGCGAUUAUCGACCGUUGCAGGUGAGGAGGGGUUACUGUUGUUUUUGGGUUUAUAAGAGGAAGGUUACUGUAGUUUGGUAGGUUAGGAUAGGGUAGAGUACGCUAAAGCAAGGCAAGGUAGGAUGUGGUAGGGUAAGGGAGGAGAGGGUAAGUAGAAUGGGGUACCGUAGGGUGGGGUAGGUUGAGUUGUAGAGUUAGGUAGAGUUCCAUAGGGUACGGUAGGGUUAAGGCGGCUACUGUAGAUCUAAAAAUCUUAAAUUUCUUCAAUUGGUAGUCUUGGAGUAUAUACUGUACAUUUUUGAAUCAAGCUUACUGUGACUUGAAGCUUUGAUCUUACUGUAGUUUUUAAGCAAAAGUGAAGAGUACCCUAAAAAGCAAUUUUUUUAUUUUUAAGUUUUCGUUACUGUAACACUUAAGUAUUAUGCAACUUUUUACUUAAGCAUACUGUAACGUUUAAGUUCCGUUUACUGUAGUUUUUAAGUUGUGGUCAGUGUAAGUUUUCAAUUAUAGUUACAGUAACAUUUAAAUCUAGUUUACAGUAAUUUUUUACAUAAGGUUACUGUAACGUUUAGCUUUCAACUGUAAGUUUUCAGUUCUAGUUACAGUAACUUUUAAAUAUAGCUUAUUAUAUUUCAAGGUAAAACCACACUUAUAAUCAAUUCUGCCAUGUUAUUUUAGUUUGGCAAACGCAGCGACUAUCGACCACUGCAGUUCGGGAAGAAAGACAAUUAUCGACCGUUGCAGUUCGGAAAGCGUGGUGGAAUCGUGAAUCAUUAUAUCGAUCUGCUGCCAUUGGAUGAUUGA